UACACGAUGCACCGGCUAUGCAUUGCUAUGCACACGACGAAAUCUGACCAAUAGCAGCUAUCUGUCGUGAUCGUAUUCUGGGUUAUGAUAUGGCGCUGAUCCAAGUGUUACAGAUCUCGCGACGGGCCUUUUGCAACUUGUAAAGCUAUAUCCUGCUCGAAAGAUAAUAUCGGGCGUGAUUGGAGAACGAGAAAGAGAAAGAGCGAAGAAAUGGGAGCGCGAUAGGAGAAACGGAGGGGCGAGAAUUAGCGAGAAUAGGAGUGAGUUUAGCAAGCGUGACCGAUCCGCCGAUAUUCGUCUCUAUUCUGUUCUAUUCGCAUAGACUCGGAUGCGGGACGGUUUCACAUACGAUAUGCCCGGUCCAGAUAGACCACGUCGUCACCAGCUCUCGUCAGUGCGAUUGUCACGAGAACGAGAGCACGCGAGACGAAGAUUAUGAGUGCGUCGACGUCGUAUAACGAUCUGAACUCGAACCAUCCUCGACGACUUUCGAACUUGUAUCUCUCGUGUAUCACCGUCGAGAGCGCGAGAAUGACUUAGGCCAACUCGCCUGCAGACGAUAAGAAACUGUCCCGGUACGCGAUGCAAAACUCACGCCGGUUAUGCUGGAUGUUCUGGGUGGGUCUACUACCAAUGAUUGCAGCCUACCCUAUACCCUCCUCAUUUGUCACAGAUUCGUCAGAUACUCAUACUUCGUGGCAAUGGGAACACUAUUGGAUGCGCUACGCGAUUGCUCUCUCGAGCGUCACAGCAACGGCGUUAACUCUAGCUGGAUGUCUCUGUUGUCAGAGACACAGAAGACCCAAGGGAUUUCAGGACAAAGCAGAAAAAUGCAAUCAGGAAUUCAAGGAUGGAAGCAGUACCGGGCAAGAUAGCACAUUUGAUCGUUCUGCUGAAGGAUUAGAGUUGGAUGUCUCCAGGACAUUAGCCGCUUCUGAAAGGGUUCAGUUUGAACCUCUGCCCGUGGACAGUAUUGUAGCUGGCACAAGAACCACUACCACUUCAAAACCCAAAUCGAUAUCUUUGUCGCCGCAGCGUAACGAGGAGCAAGAUACGGAUCGUUCUAUUCUGCAACAGCCGUGUAGCGAGUGGUUCCAAUCCAAUGAACUUAACGUACCAAGAGAGAAGCUCAAGUACCUGCGAGAAAUAGGCCGUGGAUGGUUUGGCAAAGUGGUGGAGGGUCGAGCAGAUUUGGAACAGUCCACAAGCGUAUCAAAAUCGGGCGGUGUGGUCGUAAGAAUACUCACAGAGGAAGCUACCAUUAGAGAGAAAGCCUGGUUCCUUGGCGAGGCCACACCGUAUUUGAAAUUGCGCCAUCAAAAUGUCUUGGCUUUACUUGGUUUCUGUUUGGAAACUGACCCAUAUCUUCUGUUAUUCGAAUCAUGUCCGGCUGGUGAUCUGAAGGGUUUCUUGCUGUCGAACCGUGAUGCCAAAUCGAGAGAGACGCUCAUCAAGGAGAAUGUUCCAGUACGUAUAGCGAUAGAAAUCGUGGCUGGCUUGAAGCAUAUGCACAAUCACGGUUUCGCGCAUACGGAUCUCUCGGCGAGAAAUUGCCUGAUCGCUCCGGACUUGUCGGCUAAGUUAGGAGAUUACGGCACCGGCGUCGAAAAGUACCCCGACGAUUAUUAUAUAAUAGGGGAUCGGGCGUUGCCCAUUAGAUGGUCCGCACCAGAAAGCUUAAACUGCACAGAUACCACCAUCGAGACGCAGGAGAUCACGCUACAGGCCAAUAUGUGGAGUUACGCGGUGCUUCUUUGGGAGAUUAUCAGUUGGGGAGAGAGACCUUACAACGACAUGAAUGACGAGCAAGUGAUACAGAUGAUCUUGACGCUGAAAAACGAAUUUCCGCCGAACGGCACGCGACUGCUGCAGAGUUAUCUCAUUAAUUGUCCAUCGAAUAUAUAUCAAGCGAUUCACUCGUGCCUGAAUAUCAAAGCGAAGGACAGAGCCUCACUGGAUGAGGUGAGGCAGAUUCUUUUAAACACGCACCCGGCGCACGCGGAUUUCGAGCAACGAUGGGAGAGUCUACGUGUGAAUGCGUGCAGCAAGCAGCACAUACGUAGCGCCAGUCUACAAGAUCUACGCGGCAGCAUCGAUUCCGACUAUUGGACUCACAUCGUGGAUGAUGUGCCGAUGGACACAUUACCGUCCUCGUUUCGUCUCGGACCUAACGAGCAGGUAAAGAAUAUCCCCGCAAUGAAAAACAUUGCAAUGUUUCAGGAAUCCGGCUCGGAGACCGAGGAGGAAAGCUGGAAGGGUCGAAUUGAACAAGGCGUUUACACAGAGAAAGUGAAACAAAAGUCCAAGUCCGUGACAGAUCUUAUGGUGCUUGUGCACAUCGAUCCCGAUUCCGAUGCGGAAUGGUCGAUAAGCGCGCAAAUGCCGGAGAAGACUGGCAAUAAAAAAAAACUGCCCGCCACUGGUAGCGACAGUGACCUCAGACAUACUGUGUUGCCAGCGAAUGAGUUCGACGAAGCGUUGAAGAAACUGCGAAAUCCCUUGCCGUGCAACGCUACUAGCAAGAUCAGAUCGCUGGAGAAUUUGGAACGGCCGAAACUCUUAACGCUGACCGUGGACCAGGGUUAUACACCAAUCUUACGACUGUCUCUGGAUAGUACCGGUAAGACUCCGGAUAACGAUAACGGCAUAUCACCAGCCGUUUUCACGAGCGUGGAUGGCACGUUCGACGGCACGCGCGCCGAGAAACACGUACUAAGACUUCUGUCGAAGGGAGACCCAGACCUCCCCCUUUUGCGCUACGUACCUGACAAAAUGUCCGCUAUUGAAAAUGCGGAGAACAGAGAGGGUGGAGACGUACCUUUCGUUGAACCCGAGGACAACGACGACAUAGACUUUCCUAAGCGUAUCUCUUCAAAUAAUAACAUUGAGGUCGAUGAACAUAACGUGCUGGACGUUUUACUUUGGAAUCAUGCUCUAGAUUCCGUCCUGGAGCGGAAAGUACCAGGCUUCUCCGACGUGGAAGCGGAGUUUAACGAAUAUAUAGACACGUCGGUUGAGGAAAAUAAUGCCGGCGCGCCGGAACUCAUCGUGACUGCCGUGUCUACACCGGACGCUUCGCACUUUUGUAACGUCUAUUCGCCUAUUUAUACAGUCAAAAAUCAUUUUUCUACUGUAGAAAACACGGAAAUAGAACGGAAAAGCAGCCUGCCCAAUGACGACGAGGAGGAAAGGAAACAACUGUCUACGCCAGAUGACGAGCAAAGCUCUGACUCGGGUUUUCGCGAUAAGGAGUCUUGCGAGGAAGAAGAGGCAGUUUGUACGACGUCCGGCAAUCUCUUGCCUUCAGCGAGUAACACUACUGCAACCUCCGAGUCGUUGUAUCCUGAGGAAGAGCCGUUUCAGAUUCUGUACGAGUUAGAUACCAUCCUGGAUGCGGAAUAUUAUGCGACUGCAUCCACCGCCCGUCCUGAAAGUAUAACGGAAGCUGUCACUUCCGCAUAUAGUGUCGAGAAAGACGUAUCGUCUGUGAAGCAGACGACAAACGUGGUUCCCAACUUGAGUCAUGUUUCUACGAAUACGAAUGAAAUGGAAAAUCAGAGAGUGGACGUUAUAGGCUCUGACAUUACAGAAACAAUCGAUAUGAUGGAGGAAAACUCGAAUUGUGCCAAAGUUGGAUUUGAAAGUGUAGUAAAAAAUAUCGGUGUCGAGAUGGAAAGAAGGAACGUAACUCCUGAAAAAACGCAAGAGUUCAAUAUCCAAGAUAAUGUCCAGCGAUCACGCGAUUCGGAAACAAAGGUCGCUAAUAUUCAACGAGAUCUGGAACAAUGUUUGCAAGGAGAUUACGAAAACGAGGAUGAAGACAGUUCGACGGUUAGCUUGCGUAGCGACAAUUCUUACAUGUCAUUUGGCAUAGAAGAGGAAUUCGUAACGGCGAUUCGCAACGAACUUAGGGAAAAAUUGCCUCAAGCUCAGAUGCAGAUCGUGGAGUCCUUGGAGAGUCACGACGACGAGAAUUCUGCGAUUUCCAAUGACGCAUACGGUAAACAGUGGGACGACGAGGAUGGCGAGGAUGUAUCCGAUCAAAUUAGCGGCGGUGUGGAUAUCUCAAUCAGGUACAAUGUAUACGGAACACCGUUGAGUCCCAUUUUGGAAGAACGGGAGAGCAACGUCACUUCCGACUCCUUGAUGUCCAAUUCCAGAGAGGCAUCUGUCGCUUCGAAAGAAUCGGUACCAUCAGAGGAUGUGCUGUUGGUGAAUACCUGUACAAACGAAAUGAUAUUGUUGGAAGGAUUAGGGGAACGACUACAGGACGAAGAUCGUGAUACAACGAAUGGCGAUCUGUCCGAGGAGGAGAAUUUAGAUUACACUUGUUCGAUGAUACGCCCAUUGGAGGAUAAAUCGCGCAUCAUCAAGACGAGCGGAGGCGCGCCGUUACCGAGUCCCGAGGAAGAAUCCAAGUGGCAACAAUUACCCUCAUCUUUUCCACUACCUUUACCUUUACCAUUACCGUUACAAGAUGAUCUGAUGUCGACGAGUUUCGUUACCGAACGUGAAUGUUGCAGCCAAGAUGAAGACGAGGAAGAGGAAGAAGAGGAUGAGGAGGAGGACGACGACGAAGGGGGAGAAGAAGAGGACGAGGACAACAGUUCCAGUUCCGGUGAAUUUGUAUGGAAGAGAUACAAUGAAUCACAUGUCGAACAAAUACGAAUUAAAAGUACCGCCAAUAACAACGAAGCAACUACAGCGACAAAUAUUGAGUUGGAAGAGGAUUUGGGCGUCGAAGACGAAGAGGAAGAAGAAGAGUUUACGCCUUCGGCAUGGAAUGCCACUUUAGCACCUCAUCGAUCAGCACUGAGGUCUCCAGAUAAAACGUUAAAAUCUGGGGAUGAGUUGGAUCAGAAAAAAAGCGUAUGGUUCAAGAAACAACGCUAUCACUGCGUAUACGAAUAUCCAAAGGAAACACUAUCCAUGGAUAGUCGAGCGGAUACUACUACCAAAUCGAAAGCAACUUCGUAUUCCGAUUGGGAAGAAAUGAUGGAUGAACCACGAUUAGAUCUGUAUCCUUUGGGUUACGACGAUGUCAAUCAUACUGGAAACGAAGAAUUCUUUGUUACCAGUUCGAGUCGGCCCUUUCAGUUCCAAACCGGUGAAAGCAAAUACGUCAGCCAAUUUUUUCCUGGAGCGAAUGCAACUUCGUUUUCCGAUGAUCGGGAUGAAACAGAUAGCUAUCGACAACAGGAAUCGCUACAACAGAACCACGUCGAUUUUGCAAAUGAAUAUGAACAAUGUAAGCAGCAGCAACAACAGCAAUAUCAAUUGGGAGAAUUACGACACACGCGAGACCGUUUAAAGUUGAAUUUAAUAUCGUCAAAUGGCACACAAUCUGCUUCGUUUGUUCCUAUGAAACAACUAACGAUGAGCUCAAACGAUGAGCAAAUAGACGUUACAGAAAAUCACGAGUCAACGGAACUUAUCGAGAACGUCGCUGUGCAGGACCAACAUAUUAUAUCGAAUCAGACGAAUGAUAACGCGUUGCCAAAGGUGCCUCACGAAGAUGUGCAAUCUGGUCCAUCUUCUACAAGAAUUUUUCAGUGUGAUAGCGAGGAAGCGUUCGAGCCCGCCGACAAGUGCAGUGUUUUAGCUCCUGACUAAAAUGACAAUAGUCUGUAAUGUAUGUACAGAGUUUUAUGUGUGUGUAUGUUUGUUGAAUAUGUGUGAAUGAAAGAGAGAGAGGGGAGAGGGAGAUAGGGAGAAAGUUCAGCCCAAGUCCGUCCGUAACAAUCUCAUCCUAACAACUCGCGAUGAUUUUUCCUCGGAUGGUACACUACUAACUCAAUCCGACGAUUGUCGCUGAUGAGAUUAAUACCACUAUGACACGAAUCUCGAACAAAUGUACAUAGUAACGAUGUAACGGAUUAUCGCUCGAGGCUGCAAGUCGAUCGGUCGUCUAAUCGGUUUCGUCUUCUGUUAGUGGAGUUGUUAAAAUUUAUUCGUAGUAUGAAAACGUGUCAAUAUAGAAAAUCACGACUUUAUAUUAAUAAAACUGUUUAUAUAAUUAUAAAAAAUUAUAUAUAAUUAUAAAUAUAUAAUUACAUAUAAUUAUUUAUAAUUAUACAGUGUGUUCCGCAUAAGACGUGCCAA